GAAUAAGAAAAAAAUGAAUUAUCUAAGUAUUGAUCUUGUAUAUAUAAAUCCUGUAAAUCUUGUAAAUAUGAAUUCUGAGAAUAUGAAUCUUGAGAGUAUGAAUCCCAAGAAUACGAUUCUUGAGAGUAUAAGUUCUGAAAAUAUGAUUCUUGAAGAUAUAAAUCUUGAGAAUAGUCUUGAGAAUAUAAAUUUAAGAAAUAUAAAUUAUAGAGAUUAUAGAGGAAUGAAUUACAGAAAUUAUGGAUAA